CAAGGGGAAAGCAGGGCCACCGUUAGCGCCUCCUCUCCCCGCUCCGAUCCGGAUCUCCCCAUCCAUUCCGGCGAGCCCUCGCCGCGUCGCUUCCACGCGACCCUACUUCCUUAAUAAAUUCAACCUCCCCGCCGCUGCUCCCGUCAAACCCCGAAUACUAUCCGACUACUUCCUCCCCUGCCCGCGCCGCCUCCCGAGCCCAACAAACCCUAGGCGACGCCCAUGGACUUCGAGGCCGACGGCCGCUUCGGCAACAAGCGCGUGCACAACCGCCUCGGACCGGCGCCCGGCGCCGCCUCUUCGUCUUCCUCUACCAAGGUCUGCAUCCAUUGGCGCGCUGGGCGAUGCAAUCGCUUCCCCUGCCCCUUCCUCCACAGCGAGCUCCCUGAGGCGGCCACCACCAAGCGCCCGAACCAAAGGGAUGGCCCUGGUGGGCACGUCUGGCGCAACCCCAACUCAGGAGGAGGGGGCCGCGGUGGCGGCGGCGGCUUCAACAAAUGGGGGAGGGGCCCCGGAGGUGCAGACGGUGGCGUGAGGCACAAGGUGCCCGACCGGCCCUGCAAAUUCUUCCUCGCCGGAGACUGCACCUACGGCGAGAAGUGCCGCUACCCGCACACAUAUUGCAUGAGCAAUAGCAUCACGCUGCUCACCCCUCUCCAGGGCCACGAGAAGGUUGUGACAGGGAUCGCACUGCCUACUGGGUCAGACAAGCUGUAUUCUGGUAGUAAGGAUGGAACAGUGCGCCUUUGGGAUUGUCAAACUGGACAGUGUGCUGGUGUCCUCCCCGUGGGGGGUGAGGUUGGGUGCAUGAUCAGCGAGGGGCCAUGGUUGUUUGUUGGAAUACCUGAUGCUGUCAAGGUUUGGAAUAUGCAAACUCAAGCAGAAAUGAACCUUACCGGGCCGACUGGACAAGUCUAUGCACUCGCAAUUGGCAAUGAGCUACUCUUUGCUGCAACACAGGAUGGAAGGAUUUUGGCAUGGAGAUUUAGCGCCGUGACAAAUUGUUUUGAGCCAGCUGCUUCUCUUACCGGGCAUCAGCUUGCUGUUGUUUCGUUAAUAGUAGGAGGCAUGAGAGUUUACUCUGGCUCAAUGGAUAAAACCAUUAGAGUAUGGGAUCUGGCAACGUUGCAGUGCAUACAGACUCUUUCUGAUCAUACGAAUGUAGUUAUGUCUCUACUAUGCUGGGAUCAGUUUCUGUUAUCUUGUUCUUUGGAUCAAACAAUAAAAGUCUGGGCGGCUACAGAAAGUGGAAACUUGGAAGUAACAUAUACACACAAAGAGGAGAACGGUGCACUUGCUCUUACUGGCAUGCCUGAUGCACAAUCAAAACCUGUGCUAGUAUGUUCAUUAAAUGACAACACUGUCCGCCUCUAUGACCUGCCAUCGUUCAGUGAUAGGGGCAGAAUAUUCUCCAAGCAGGAAAUUAGGGCAAUACAAACUGGACCUGGUGGUUUAUUUUUCACUGGGGAUGGAACCGGUGAGCUGAAGGUUUGGCAAUGGAUUAUUGAUGCCUCCCAAACCUGAUGGAUAUAGUGUACUCUAGAUUAGUUUCCCAAUGUAUGUUAUGCGGGAUUUCUCAAGGAUACACAUAAUGAGUUGAGGUGUGGUUGGCGAUCAGUUCAAUUUUCGGUUAUAUCCUACAUUUAUUCUCCCAAGGAUAUGAGACUCCGCUGGAUCGGAUUGCAGUUAGAACACAUGCAGAGGGCCCAUGUAGUAUCAGUAUGAAAGCUAGUCUUGUUCUGGAAUGGGUUCGACGUCGGGGGAAUAAUUCCUUGUAAUUUGCAGAGCACCGGAACAUGGAAGUGUCUCAUUGCUUUUCUCCGAUGUGCUGAUAACUUCAAAGGAUGUAUUAAUAUAAGGAUUUUGUUCGGCCGCGUUUGGGUUGGGGAAACUUGAGAUUUUCUCGCGGCAGUUGUAAGUGCCAUCUUUUUUGGAACAGUUAUAUGUUGGGUUCGUUCGCUCACGCAUGCCUCUUGCUCUUUUCAUUGUAUAAAUUGGGUGUUCAUAACUAAAUAUAGAUGUAUUUCUUCCUGAA